UUGUAUGUUUUUGUGGACUGGGAAGGGACUCAGGGCCCGAAACGUCGUCACAUAAAGUGUGAAAGAGUUCGUUUUGAACAGCGUAGAAAGCUCACGAUUAUAUUAAUCCUUUUAAGUUCAAAAAAUCGGUCGGGCUCUAAUCGAUCACCUGAGGAACCGUUCGCGAAUACCAAGAGUUUGCCGACAACAAGAAUACCAAAACGCGACACUCCUGUGGACUACAACCAAGUUCUUUUCUCGAAUCCGCCAGUGAUAAAGCGAACACCACCCGUUGUAGAGAAGAAGAAGAACUAUGUACUAUCCAGUGGCUUGCCUACGGAGAAUGCCAAUCAACUUGUGGGUAUGUUCCUUGAGAAAGUCAGCGAUAAACACAAGAGGCUGAUGGAACGGGAGGGCGAUCGAGCGGCUGCAUCUCCUGCUUACGAAGAUGUUGAUCGGAAUGGUGCUCCUUCUCCAGUUAGCUUCUCACAUUACUCUCGGCAGCAACAGCAGAAAUUUGCGCCUCAGAAGAGACCACUGCCAGCUACAAGUCUGGAGUCCUAUCUCGGUUCUCCUCCUCAGAGGUCGCCCGAUGUUCGCGAUAACGAUGCAACGUCAUCACGGAACUCGGGCAAAAAAUGCAAGCUGGAUUUGUCGAAAAUGCCUGACAUAAUUGAUAAGUUGUAUGGAGGGAAGUAG